AUGGGGAGGGGUGCGCCACUGACGGACAUCGAGCGAGGGCGGAUCCAAGGGCUCCACGAGGACGGGCUAGGCCUACGGCAGAUUGCGCGCCAAGUGAAGCGCUCAGUGGGCGCCAUCAAUCGCGUGCUCUUCGUGACCCCGACGGAGCGCAAGCCACCGGGCCCCGCGACCUCGCUGUCAGAGCGCGAGACGCGCUACCUCGUCCGCACUGCCGCAAAGGGGCAGCUGUCGGCCAAGCAGCUUAAGGAAGAGCUAAAGCUGUCGACAUCGGUGCGCACAAUUCAGCGAGUGCUAGCAUCCCAGGCCUCCUAG